GUUGGAGUAAGAGGGAAGGACAUCGUUGUUCUUGGUGUGGAGAAGAAGUCUGUGGCAAAACUUCAGGAUGAAAGAACCGUACGGAAGAUCUGUGCUCUCGAUGACAAUGUCUGCAUGGCUUUUGCAGGGCUGACAGCCGAUGCCAGAAUAGUGAUAAACAGAGCUCGUGUGGAGUGUCAGAGCCACAGGCUCACGGUGGAGGAUCCCGUCACCGUGGAGUACAUCACGCGUUACAUUGCCAGUCUGAAACAGAGAUACACACAGAGCAACGGGCGCAGACCUUUUGGUAUCUCUGCCCUCAUCGUGGGGUUUGACUUUGAUGGAACUCCCCGGCUGUACCAGACCGAUCCCUCUGGUACAUACCACGCUUGGAAGGCUAAUGCCAUUGGCAGAGGAGCCAAAUCCGUGCGUGAAUUUCUGGAGAAAAACUAUACUGAUGAAGCCAUCGAGACAGAUGAUUUAACUAUUAAACUUGUCAUCAAGGCUCUUCUUGAGGUGGUGCAGUCCGGUGGGAAGAACAUCGAGUUGGCUGUGAUGAGGCGAGAACAGCCACUGAAGAUCCUAAACCCUGAAGAAAUUGAGAAGUAUGUUGCUGAAAUUGAAAAAGAAAAGGAAGAGAAUGAAAAGAAAAAACAGAAGAAGACAUCAUGAUGAAUGAAAUUCAACUGCUUAGCUGCUGCUUUUUAAUUCAAGUGAUGGGUUAUUCUGUAUAGACAAGGUGUAGGCAUUCCACUUAUACUGUGCCCCUCUUGAGACCUACAAUAAACCUACUGAUUUUUUUUUUAAACUGUUAUUU